CGGCCACCGUGUGUUUGGAAACAACACACGCAAAUACUUCAUGGCUUAUGAGCAGCCCUGAAACUUCUUGAAUCAGGAACCUCUGCCUUUGCUUAGCCUGUGUUGUCCUUUUGUCUGCUUAAAUCGUUACGCAUCCGAUAGCUCACGUUAGAUAUUCAUGCGCGUCUUAAUAUAGUUUGAUUAAAAAGGAAGAAUGGAGAAUUCAACGGCGUUGGAUAAAGAGACGAUCUCGCUGGUCAUUAAAACGCCUAAUCAGUUUCACGGAGAUCAGCUGAUCGAGGGAGUUCGCGCGGACUGGACCGUGAAAGACCUUAAAUGUCACCUCUCCAAGGUUUAUCCCAACAACCCGGCUGAGAAAGACCAGAGACUUAUUUACUCAGGCAAGCUGCUUCUGGACAACCUGCUUAUCAGAGAUGUUUUCUCAAAGGUUCCUUCUGAUACCAAACCCACUCUUCACCUGGUGUGUGCAGUGAGACCCCAACCUGCUUCCCAACUCGGAGCAAGACCCAAAGUGAUAUCAACACACCAGCAGAGUUCACAGCCUUCCCCACUAACUCCUAGCCAGUCUCCUGGACCAUCUGUGACCUCUGUGCCCUCCACUGAUGGCCUAAGACAGCGAGGUCAUGCCACUUUGCCUGAUACUAGUGCCAACACAUCUGCGCCUGUAACAGCAGCAAUGAACCACCCUGCCUUCCCCACAUAUUCUCUUUACAGUCCACAACAGCUGCUGUGGUUGCAGCAAAUGUAUGCCCGCCAGUACUACAUGCAGUAUCAAGCUGCAAUGGCAGCUGCUGCCUCAGCUCCACUGACCACUCCUGCCGCUGCUUCCUCACUUCCUGUUGGCCCUCAUCAAGCCGCUGUACCUGCAGCUUUACCCAAUCAAGGCCCCAUCAAUGACCUACCAGCCAAUCAGAACGCCCCAGGACCUGCCUUUAUCAACCCAGAGGGAGCCAAUCAGAAUGUCCGUAUGAAUGCCCAGGGUGGGCCUGUGGUAGAGGACGAGGAGGACGUGAACCGAGAUUGGCUGGACUGGAUGUACACAGCAUCACGAUUGGGUGUCUUCCUGAGCAUUGUAUACUUCUAUUCCAGCAUGAGCCGCUUCAUCCUGGUCAUGAGCAGCCUGGUUAUUAUGUACUUACACACAGCAGGCUGGUUUCCUUUCAGACAGAGACCUCAAGCCAGACCUCACAAUCAGCCAGCACCUGAGGUCAUUCAGAACCAACAGAACCAAAAUGAGGACCAACAUCCAGAGCCUGUGGCGCCACCUGCUGAAGUGGAUAAUGUUGGUGUUGUUGAACCCGCCAUGACAGCAGUGCCUGUUCCCCAAGUCAGAGCCCCCAUCCUAUGGACAGCCUGGGUGUUUUUUAAAGCCUUUUUUGCUUCUCUGAUACCUGAGCCUCCACAGGGUAUUGCAAACUGAUCCAGAAGCAGUCAGACAGAAAUGACAAAAACUGAAUCACCAAGCUCUUAGGGCUGGACAUUAUAAACAAAGGCUACAAAUCCUAGAAGAGGUAGCACUUUCCAGUUCUUUUGGGUGUGUGACAGAUUGCUUCACAUUCUGAACAAACAAGUGCUUGGACAUGGAGUUGUAAAUAUCACUGGACAGUUUUUGCACAGCACUUUAGAUAACCGCAACAGCUGGAAUCGAUAGUGUCGGUUGCCUGACCUGAUUCUCUUGUAUAGGCUUCUGUCACCAAGACUUCAUUUUCUUGAAGUGCUCCACGAUGAGUGUCCAAGGAUUAAACUCAUGGGAUUAUCUUAUUAAGGUUCGAGUAUGAUGGACAACGAAGGCCACAUAUUGAUUUUGUUCUAAGCACAUGAAUAGAUGGAGGGUGCUUGGGAGAAUGCAUUUGUGGUACUUUAAAGCUAAUGGCGUUUAUGCAAGUAAAACAUGCUUACAUGUUCUCUUUUUUUAAUUGUGCUCGACCUGUGAAAUGAGGAAUGUUAAUAUUUAUGAGGGACGCGUUCAAGUAUUGUAAGUGGAAUUUGCAAUUCAAUGAGUUUGUUGGUGACCUCGGGAUGAGGAGAAGGUGAAUGAACCACACUUUGAGUAUCGCAUCUUCUUGAUAUGAAGGAACUGCACUUUGGGACAAAAGAGGAGAACAAAAUAUAACUAUAAUAGAUAUGAAAGAUUAAAAUGGCUGAUUUUUAAUCUGGUAUUUACCAACAAUGUAGCAUUGCUGUCAUUUCAGAUCAUGUAUAAUCAAGCUUUGUUAUUAACAUCAUGAAAGUAAGCCUCUUUGUACCAGAAAAUGAAAACAAUAAACACACUUUCUUCA